AUGAAAAUCUUUCCAAAUAAUAUUCAUGAUGAAAGAAAUGAAUAUAAUAAUCAUCAUUAUUCAUUAAGUAGUAAAAAUCCAAUAUUAUCAAGAAAUUUAAAUGAAAAUAAUCGUUUAUUAAAUAAUGAAAAUGAAAAUGAACAUUCGAAUAUUUUAUUAUCAUCAUCAAAAGUAAAAUGGAUUGAUGCUGUCCGAACAGUAACACAAUUAAAUCAAGUAAGAAAUAAAUGUUAA